CCCUAGCGUGGGCAAUGGCCCAGUUACAACCGAUUUUCAGUCUGUGUUUGCCUCCAGGCCUUUGGGCCAAUAAUCUUCAGGAGAUGAAAGGAGUCCUUUCAUGGAAGCCCAACACAAUAAAGGACAGUUUUGCAAGGACACUAGGACACAAAGUCGAGGGUUUUAGUUUAGGUUUUAGGGCGUCGACGCUUGUUCGCAAAUCUUUCUCCUGUCUGGUUGCCGCCACUUCUCGACGUCUCUUCUUCCAGCCAAGAUCCACCAAGGCUUCUCCCCUUUAAAAAAGAAUCUACUUUUCAGUGUACCCAACUGCCCUUAUUCUCUUUUGAGGACGAAAUUAUCCUUUGAAAUCCAGUCCAGCCGCCACCCAUCUCUUCUAACUUCUUCUCCAGACUCCGACUAGCUUCUGUUGAAGUAACAGAAAUAUGUAUACUGGAGCACCCACCACCAUGGAGAUUGAAACGGUGCCUUCUAAACCUAAACCUGAAUCCAAUUCAUUGCCCCCAAAGCCAAAAUUUGAGCCUUUGAAGGCUCAUGAGAUGUCAGACGGUCGAGUCCAGUUUAGAAAGGUCUCAGUUCCACCUCAUCGGUAUUCACCUCUCAAGAAAUACUGGAUGGAUAUCUAUACUCCAAUUUAUGAACAGAUGAAGAUUGACAUCCGUAUGAAUCUCAAAGCUCGGAAGGUUGAAUUGAAAACGAGACCAGACACACCAGAUGUUAGUAACCUCCAGAAGUGUGCAGACUUUGUCCAGGCUUUCAUGUUGGGUUUUGAUGUUGCGGAUGCCAUUACUCUUUUGAGGUUGGAUGAGCUAUAUGUGGACUCCUUUGAGAUCAAGGAUGUCAAGACACUUAGAGGAGAGCACUUGUCUCGUGCCAUAGGAAGGCUGUCCGGGAAAGGUGGUAAAACAAAGUUUGCUAUUGAGAAUGCUACAAAGACUAGGAUUGUCAUUGCUGACACCAAGAUUCAUAUACUGGGAUCUUUUGCCAACAUCAAGAUUGCAAGGGAUUCUCUUUGCAGCCUCAUUUUAGGUUCCCCUGCUGGGAAAGUUUACUCAAAACUUAGACAAGUUACUGCCAGAUUGGCAGAAAGGUUUUGAUCGUUGUUAUUUGUAUUAUGCAUGGGAUUUUGUUCUCAGAGUUAUGGAUUUUUUUGGUCAUCCACUGUGAAACCAAAAACAAAAUGAAAGACAAGAUCAACAGGAUAGAGUAUUCUUUGCCUCUUUGGAGUGUAAUUUGGCAUGAAAUUUUUACAGAAGCAAUGAGUGAAUUUUCUGGAAACUACCUUUAUAAUGUUUCUUUAAGAAUUUUACAAUGAAAUUUAUUCUACUGAUGGUGGUGUUUGCAUUCCUUGUGUUGUUACAUUUUGCAUUUUGGAAUAUGAUCUAUAAA